AUGAGGACUCGUAGUAAUUCGGGGGUUCGUUUGGAUUAUUACCAAAGGCUUGUGCACAAGUUAAUUUUAGAUCAUCAGCAACCUGUGACUGGAUUGUUCCCCGCAAGUCCCCAUAAUGAUCAUGCCUGGAUACGUGACAACCUUUAUUGUAUAUUGGCCGUCUGGGGAUUAUCGAUGGCUUUCAAGAAAAUUGCAGACCAAGAUGAAGACCGCGCUAAAACUUAUGAGCUUGAGCAAAGUUGCGUCAAACUUAUGAGAGGUCUUUUGAUGGCAAUGAUGCAACAAAAGGACAAAGUUGAGAAAUUUAAAAGUACUCAGCAUCCAUUGGAUUCUAUUCAUGCUAAGUAUUCAUCAAUAACUGGUCUUGUUGUGGUUAAAGAUGAUGAAUGGGGACAUCUACAAAUAGAUGCCAUUUCAUUAUACCUCCUUAUACUUGCUCAGAUGACUGCAUCUGGCUUACAAAUUGUCUUUUCAUUGGAUGAAGUAGCUUUUAUACAAAAUUUAGUUUUCUACAUUGAAUCGGCUUAUUGUACCCCAGACUAUGGAAUUUGGGAGAGAGGGGACAAAACUAAUCAUGGAUUACCAGAACUCAAUGCAAGUUCUAUUGGAAUGGCAAAAGCAGCUCUAGAAGCUGUGAAUGAAUUGGAUCUUUUUGGUGCCCGUGGUGGUCCUUCAAGUGUAAUACAUGUUUUAGCUGAUGAAGCUCAAAAGUGCCAAGCUGUUUUACAAUCAAUGCUACCCAGAGAGUCAAACAGUAAAGAAUUAGAUUCUGGUCUUUUAUCAAUUAUAAGCUAUCCAGCUUUUGCCGUGGAUGAUCCACAACUAAUAGCAAAAACAAGAGAGACAAUUGUUACAAAACUUCAGGGGAAAUAUGGAUGCAAAAGAUUUUUAAGAGAUGGCCAUAAAACGCCAAGAGAAGAUCCAAACAGAUUGUAUUAUGAGCCAUGGGAGUUAAGAAUGUUUGAGAAUAUAGAAUGUGAAUGGCCAUUGUUUUUUUGUUACCUAAUGCUUGACUACUGUUUCCAAGGAGAUAAAGCUAAUACAGUAGAGUACAUGCACAGACUAGAAAAGGUAAUGAUAAGGAAAGAUGAUGGAUUGAAACUUGUGCCCGAGUUAUAUUCUGUACCAGUAGAUAAGGCUGAUGCAGAAAAACAAGAACCUGGAAGUCAAGAACGAAUACCACUUGGUAGGUGUCCUUUUAUUUGGGCACAAUCUUUAUACAUUCUGGGAAAAUUACUGCAGGAGGGAUUUCUAGCUGUUGGUGAAUUGGAUCCUCUUAACAGAAGAUUGUGCUCUGAGAAAAAGCCUGAUGUGGUUGUUCAAAUUGUUAUACUUGCUGAAGACAAUGAAAUAAGAGACAAAUUGUUGGAGUAUGACCUACAUGUUCAAACUAUUAGUGAAGUAGCACCAAUAGAAGUUCAACCUGCAAGAGUUUUAAGUCAUCUCUAUACAUAUUUGGGUCGUAACAAAAAAUUGGGUCUAUCCGGAAGAAAGUCGCGUGACGUUGGUAUACUAAGUACAAGCAAGUUGUAUUCUUUAAACGAUCGUAUAUUCGCUUUUACACCGCAGAAUUUCGACUACGAGGAGUACUACAUGUCCCGCGACCCGGCGCUGCUCGCGAGCACUUUUACGACGAACGUCGCGUUCCUCGGCAUGAGCUGGAAACAAAUGCUAGGCAGGCCGACGAUCACAUUGCUGCGCCACUCAGUACCUGUUAGGUUCAAUGUUUCAGAUCAAGGCAGGAUACCAAUGGCGAUGAUAACCACGAUGAAAAAGCUAAAAUCGGGGUACAUUAACGGCACUCGGGUGACUCUUGGAAAUCUUGGUGACUUUUUAAGCACUUCAGCAAUAACGAACUUGAGUUUCCUGGGUAGUCAAGAAGACGGCUAUCCCGACAAACUGAACCCCCAAGUCCAGAGCUACCUGGAGGAGCACCUAAUGAAGUCGAUUAGUAACAAGACAAGCUUCCUGCCGCGGCCGGCCGGAGUUCGCAAUGCGAAGAUGCUACGUCGCCGUAUGUCUGUUAGAGGGGCCAUUAAGAAGACGCGCUCAAUCAAUGUAGACUCGGAGACAUUAGGUAUGGAGGGAGAGUACGUCGGACCGCAUCUUGAGAGGAAACCAUCUUGGCUGGAGGUGGAACCGGUAUUCGGUCGCAGCCCGUCCCCCGAAGAUGCUAGAAAGAGAGUCAUAACAAAAGGUACAUCAACCACCAAUUUGGGCAUCGUGACGCCCACAAUUGAAGUUACAAAAGAAAAAACGCCGUCGCCGCCUAAGGACGAAGGUGCGGUGAGCAAGACCCCGCCGGUGGUCCGCAACCGCACCACCUCCGAGUCCCAGGGUCUGGUCUACGCCGAGCAGGAGACUGACGAGCUGAUCGCUAUGCUCCGGGAGACAGAGAGCCUCGACGAGCAGGGCGACAUACUUCAGUAUCUUGUGGACACGCACGGCCUCGAUUUCAACACGGGGAUGCUGGAGAACGGCAAGCCGGUGACUGUGAAGGACCUCCUGAAGGCGCUGUACGAGAAGGCGUGCGCGCAGAAGCUGUGGGGCCUGGUGCGGCACACGGCCGGCAUGCUCGGCAAGCGCGUCGAGGACCUGGCCAAGGCGGUCACCGACCUGCUGGUGCGCCAGAAGCAGAUCACCGUCGGCAUGCCGCCCAGCAACGAGCACACCAUCACCGCCCCGCUGCCGGAGAACGAGCUACGCCAGCUCAUACACCUGGCCUAUGGAGACGACGAGAGCACGGCGAUGUUGACCCAGGAGCUGCUUGUGUACCUCGCAAUGUUCAUAAGGACGGAGCCCCAACUGUUUCUCGAGAUGUUGCGUCUUCGCGUCGGACUAAUUAUUCAGGUAAUGGCGACGGAGUUGUCUCGCACUUUGUCAUGCGAUGGUGAGGAAGCGUCCGAACAUCUGCUGAACUUAUCACCUUUCGAGAUGAAGAACCUCCUUUAUCACAUCCUCAGCGGCAAGGAGUUCGCUAUAAACAGCGCAAACUCCCUGUUUGUAAUAAAGGAAAAGAUCAAUAAAGACAAAGUCGCCCGUGGAAACUUCUCGAUCGUGAGCAACACUUCGACUAGAUACGGGAAGAAGUCACAAAUCGUUUUGGAGGGACAGUCCCUUCAAGGCGGCAUUGAAGACGCGCCGAUGGUGGAGCAGGACCGGCAGGGCCAGUGGCUGCGUCGGCGCCGUCUCGACGGGGCUUUGAAUCGCGUACCAAGGGACUUCUAUCCGCGCGUAUGGGGCGUCCUCGAGAAGUGCCAAGGCCUGGUGAUCCAGGGCAAAGUGCUGCAGCCGAAUUUGACCCAAGAGAUGACUUCCGGAGAGUUGAAAUUCGCGCUGGCGGUGGAGACCGUGCUGAAUUCGAUCCCUCAACCGGAGUAUAGGCAGCUGGUGGUCGAGGCACUGAUGGUGCUCACUUUGGUCGUGGAGUAUAAGGCCGUGAACCAUUUGGGCGGGACGAUCACCGUGGAGCACUUGGUGCACAAGGCGAACCAGAUAUUCCUGGAGGACCAGAUGCGGUGCAACGGCGACGCGACCCUCUGCUGCGCGAAGGCGGACUGCUUCGGGGGGGCGCUGCUGUGCGGGGGGAUUCUCGUUUUCGCUUUG